AUGGCGGCGUUCGCUGGAAUCACGAAUUCGAAUCCAACGUUUCUUCAGCUAAGGAUCUCUUCCACGAGUUUUCGUUAUGUGGCUCCGUGUAAUUCUAUUUCAUUUCCUCGUUCUUCGUCAUUCGUGAAUCUCAAUAGGAGAAGCCGUCUCUAUGUUCGGUCCAGUUCAGCUUCAGUGGCACCUGCAAUGGAGGGGCUUAAGCCAGCGAUAUCAUUGACGGAUGGUGCACUUAGGCAUCUGAAUAAGAUGAGAUCAGAACGGGGGGAAGAUCUGUGCUUGAGGAUUGGUGUCAAGCAAGGAGGUUGCUCGGGGAUGUCUUACACCAUGGACUUUGAGAACAGAGCCAACGCGAGACCAGAUGAUUCCACCAUUGAGUACCAAGGAUUCACUAUAACUUGGAUCAUUGAUCAGACUAGUAUGAUAUGCCUUGUGAUAGUCCUCGCUUCUUGA